CAGCACAAUUAUAAUCUCAUGUCUUUUUCAUUCCAAGAAAAGGGCAUCCACUGCAUCCAAGUUGGUCACUUUGGACUCUCUCAUCUUUGCACCUCUGAUGUAAAAGAACAUGGAUUUCCUCUUCUAUUUCAUCUUAUCAUGCAAGGUUUAUCUUCCAUUAUUUCUAGACUUCUGACAUAAAGACUUAUCUAUAUCUAUUACUAGUGAUAUUGCCUCUUCACCAAUCUCUUUUGCUUCUGGUCCUAUCAGAAGCUUUGCUUUUUUCUGACUGGAAACCAGCCAAAAGUGUCCUGCACUUAAGGCCUACCUCAGCUUCUUGUUUCCUUUGACAGCUCCAUUCCCAUUUCCCCCAAUCCUUGUAUGCUGCACUCCAAAUCUCUCUGGGACUGUUGUACCAGCUCACAGGAUUUCAUGCAAGCACUCAGACUUGCGCCAUUGCCUUGCCGUUGUGGUUCUCAAGGUUCAGUACUUCUCUCUUCUCUCUCUCUGGUUGGUCUGAGAUGUCAUCAGAGCUUUGGAUUCUGUACCUGAGGAAGAGCCACAAUCCUCCAUUGCUAUACCACAUGCGACUUUUAAGAGGUCAGAGACAUAAAAGCAAUAGACUUCACCAUCUGUUGCUUGUUUAUGCCGGGAUUCUGGUUUCUCUGAUCCUUGAAUGUGUUAGAGAAGAAGCAAAUGAGCAUUCCUUACUUGUUCAGAUGCCCGAUAAGCCUCGAUCUCUUCACUGAUCCAGUCACUCUGAGCACAGGCCAAACCUAUGACCGGCCGAGCAUCGAGAAAUGGCUUGCCGAUGGCAAUUUGACGUGCCCGGUAACAAUGCAGAGGCUCACCGACACGACGUUAAUCCCCAACCACACCCUUCGCCACCUUAUCCACCGGUGGCUCCUCGCCGACCCGGGCGUGAAUUGCCGGCACAGGCCCGUGCGGUCUGCCGGCGACAGCGACGCUGGCUUCUCGCUCCUCGCACUCAAACAGAAACUUCAGUCGUCGAACACCUCCCGCGCCGACAAGCUUGACUGCCUCGAGAAGGUCAGAGUUCUGUCUGUGGAGUCUGACAUAGGACGAGCGUGUUUGAUCGAGUUAGGCUUCUUCCCGCUGCUGCUGCAGCUGCUGUUCCAAUACUCGGUGGUGGUCGAUUCGGCACUCGCCGAGGCGAUGCUCGACUGCGUCCUGAGCUUGUUAGCCUCCGCCCAACUGGAUUCUCUCGACAUGCUCAAGGAGCACGCCAGGUUGACCUCGUUGGAGCUCCUGUUAGACCAAGGCAACACGAAGACGAAGACGAGCUUAUGCCAUCUCUUGAAAGUCAUAGCUGCUUCUUCAGCAACUCGAGAGCUGUGCCUCGUCGUAGGAGAGUCGCGGCGGGUCUUGCAAGCGCUCGUCUCUCUUCUACAUGAUAAGUCCAGCAUCCGAGCAUCGGAGGCAGCAGUUCGAGCGAUCUCAGGUAUGUGCUCGUUAGAACUCAAUCGAAGCCAUGCGAUCAGAGGAGGUGUGGUGGACGGCCUCGUCUCGCACCUGUCGAGUCCGAACCCAAGAACUGCUGCGCCUGCGCUGGCAACGCUGGAGCUGCUGCUGACACUGGAGGCCGGCAAGAAGGCACUCGUCGAACAUUCCGACGCGAUCAAGGUCCUGGUGAAGAUGGUGUUCAGGAUGUCGACGGCCGAUCACGAGGGGAGCGAGCACGCUCUGGGUUCGCUGCUCGCCGUGUGCUGCGAGUCGGAGAAGGCGCGGUCGGAGGCGAUGGACGCCGGAGUGAUGACGCAGCUGCUGCUGCUGCUCCAGAGCCAGUGCAGCUCCAUGGCCAAGGCCAAAGCCAGGGACUUGCUCAAAUUAAUGAGGUCUCUGUGGACUGAAGAAACCAGGAGGUUGUAAUCUCUUGUGCCUGUCAUUGUUCUCGACUCAAUCUUCUCCAUGCAAAUAGCCACUGUGUGAUGGCUUUACUUUGUUGCACGACUGAAGCCAUGCACAUUCUUCAAGUUAUUUGGCCAUUGCAUGUCUAUUGGAACCUAAGAAGAUUAACAACUCCCACUUCUGCAUUCACAAGCAUUUAGAUUAA